CCUCCAAGUUCUGCUCAACCAUUUCCUCUUUGCAAUGCACCAACCAUUAACCAAUGAACCCUCCUUCCAAUCCACCAAACUGCAAGAAACAACCGACACCCAGCUCUCCCUCCCUCCCCGGCUUCCGCCUUCGCCGGCAAAGUUGAUCGCAAUCUCACACUACUGAUCGGCCAGUGAUCACUGAUGCACACGCUGCUGUUGCUGCUGCUGCUGCAUCAACACAUCAUCCAUUUGGAUUCGGGCAUUUCUUGGCACAUAAGCACCCUCCUCCUCCACACGCUUUGCUAGUCCAAGCAUGCUUGCUGCCUAUUCCUUUACUUCUUUGCCAACGCUAGUAGGAGCCUUUAGGUGGCGCGUCUCCUCCUAGCUACGUAGCUCCCAAGAGAUCAGCCCAUCUCCUAGCUUCUUAUCUCUGAAUCCCGCCUGUACUGCACGCAUUCCUUAGUCUUGUCCUCUCACCCUUCUGUCCUCUUCAUCUCUUCCGUACCGUCCGACGAAGCCUCGCCGCUCCACCGCGCAGUGCAUUCUCGUUUCUCAGCCGGUUCAGUGGCAGCCAUUCUUCCAGCACAUGCGCCUUUUGUUACAAAAGAGGUGCAGGGGAGACUGUGUGCCUUGGGCUGACUGGAGCAAGGAAUAUCUUUGAACCUUUGAUCAAGGAAAGGUAUAUUGGAAUUAGAUACUUUUGAUUACAAGGAAAAAAGUUGUGACGACAACGACGAAGGUGCAGACCGCAGAAAGCCUCGGACAGUAAUCUCAAGAUGUUCAACAACAUAGUAUCCACAUGGAACAAGAGGAGGAGAAGCAAAUCGCUUGACCAGUUGAAUCCUUGGGUGUACAAGACAGCCGAGCUGUGGCAGGUGAAGGAGCAAGGCGCGCCACUGCCGCUGCCCCCGCCGAAGAAGCGCAGCUGCUCCAUGGUGUUCACCCUCAAGGAGAUGGAGGAGGCCACCGGCAUGUUCAGCGACAAGAACCUCAUCGGCAAGGGCGGCUUCGGCCGGGUUUACAGGGGCGUGCUCAAAGACGGGCAGAUUGUGGCCAUCAAGAAGAUGGACCUGCCGACGGCGAAGCAGGCGGACGGCGAGCGGGAGUUCCGGGUGGAGAUCGACAUCCUGAGCAGGCUGGACCACCCCAACCUGGUGACGCUGAUCGGCUACUGCGCCGACGGGAAGCACCGGUUCGUGGUCUACGAGUUCAUGCCCAAGGGCAACCUGCAGGACGUCCUCAACGGCAUCCACGGCGAGGUGAGGAUGGGGUGGGGGCAACGGCUGCGGAUCGCGCUGGGCGCCGCCAGGGGGCUCGCGUACCUGCACUCCACCACCGCCGUCGGCGUCCCCGUCGUCCACCGGGACUUCAAGUCGAGCAACAUCCUCCUCUCGGACCACUUCGAGGCCAAGAUCUCGGACUUCGGGCUGGCCAAGCUGAUGCCGCAGGACCUGGACCUGUACGCCACCACCAGGGUGCUGGGCACCUUCGGCUACUUCGAUCCUGAGUACGCGCUGACGGGGAAGCUGACGCUGCAGAGCGACGUGUACGCGUUCGGCGUCGUCCUCCUGGAGCUGCUCACCGGCCGCCGCGCCAUCGAUCUCAGCCAGGGGCCUCAGGACCAGAACCUCAUCGUCAAGAUACACCAGAUGGUGGGCGACCGGAAGAAGCUGCGCAAGGUGGUGGACCGGGACAUGGGGAAGGGGUCGUACACGUUGGAGUCGGUGUCCAUGUUCGCGGGCCUCGCCGCGCGCUGCGUCUGCUUCGAGAGCGCCGGCCGGCCGGCCAUGCAGGACUGCGUCAAGGAGCUCCAGCUCAUCAUGUACGCCAACAUGAAGAUAUGAGCACGUUUUGAGAACGGCCGCGGAUCUUUGCUUGGUUCAGUCUUGGAAUUGUUAUUCGAGGAAGAGGAAGAGGAUGGCGAAACUUGUACAGAAUUUUAGUACCCCGUUCCAUCCAUAUUAAUUGCGGCUGAUCUAGUACAACUUUAUACUAUAUCAGCGACAAUUAAUACGGAUCGAAAAGAGUAACUUCUCAUCGCGCCGUACGUUCUUGUGAUGGUGGUAGGAUUGUUUCAAAGUCUUGAAAUGAGAGGGCUUGGUUUGUGAUGUCCAAGAAAUGGUGUCUCAAGAAGAAAUCUGCCCUGUCGUCAACGAUCGAUGGAGGGAGCAAGUGAUUUUUUUUUCUUUUGGAUUUGUACAGAUGGUUAGAAUCCCUGACUUUUGUAUUAUUGUGAUGCACAUUGCCACUUAUAUUAAUUAUUAAAUAAAAUAUAAAAUAAAGUCAA